GUCCCUAUGACCAGGAUGUUGCCCAGUGCUGUUCCUGGUAGGAAGCCGGUGGUCUACGUCUCACUGAGAACAGUGCUAGUGAGACUCUGCAGAUUGAAGAGAGGAUGCAGUGUGAAUCUUGCAGGUGCAGGGCUGUGGGUGAAUCGACUGUGUGGCUUAUCACAGAGAGGCUGGCACACAGAAUGCUGAAUUGCUGAAUCUCAGCAGCUCCGUAAUUUUCCAAUUGGGGAAGGACAGAGCUCAUAGUCGGGUGGAAGGUGAAUGCUCGGUGGUUCCUGCAUCAGUACCAGUCACACUGAAUGUUGAAGCAGGAGCUUAAUCUGGGAAAGGAGCUGAGAGAUUAGCCACAGCAAUCCUACACAAUUGAACGAACACACCAGUGUUCAGCCCCCUGGUGCACACACUUUGAGAAAGCUGUAACGUGAGAUGUUGGCGAUGAUGCUCACUGUCCUGGCCAUUUGCCUCAGUAUCCUCCUGGAAAUGGGUGACUGCCGACUGCCUAUCAGCGCUCUCCGGCAAAAACGCGACAAGGUCUCAGCCAGAGGUCAUCAUAUUAACCACACGGUGAUGAUCAAACAGCAGCCCAUUGUCUUUAACCAUGUCUACAACAUCAACGUGCCCAUGGAUUCGCUAUGUUCCAUCAGGUUGGACAGCUCCUCAGAACAGACUGAGUCUAUGCAGGAUGAGGACAUGAGCCAAGACAGUGAACAAAACCUGGAGAGUCAGGUAGCUUUCACUCACAACAUCCACAUUCCAAAACAGAUGUGUGACUGCCCGCAUUUCAACCUGCUCCAGAGCACCCUUGAAAGGAUCAAAAUGCUGGAGAGAGAGAUAUCUAUCGUCAGGCAGCAGUGCAGAACCGGCUGCUUGGGACAGGGAUCAGCUUCAGGUCGGAUUGACUAUGCCCCCAUGUGUAAUGGCCAUGGUAACUUCAGCGUGGAGACAUGCGACUGUAACUGUGAGCUUGGCUGGAUGGGCAAGGGCUGUUCGGUGCAAUGCUGCCAGUCCAACUGCAGUGGGCAUGGGCUGUGUAUUGAUGGCCAAUGCCUCUGUGACCAGGGCUACACAGGCCAGGACUGCAGUGAGCUGCAAUGCCCUGGGAACUGCAGUGGACACGGGCUAUGUGUGGAAGCAGAGUGUGUGUGUGAGACACCAUACACUGGAGAAGACUGUGGGCAGCUGAGGUGUCUCAACAACUGUAGCCAGAAUGGGCAAUGUAACCAAGGCACAUGCUCCUGUCAAGAAGGCUACACUGGACAGGACUGCGGGCAAGACCUGCCCACACCUCAUGGUCUUCACUUUAAAUCUAUCUCGGAAACAGCUGUGGAGGUGCAAUGGGAACCAUUCCAGUUUACGUUUGAUGGCUGGGAGAUCAGCUUUAUUGCAAAGAGUAAUGAAGGUGGAAUGGUGCUUCAGCUCCCUAGUACUGUCACAGCCUACAACCAGUCAGGCCUGAGGCCUGGGGAGGAAUACACAGUCAACGUGGUCGCAAUUAAAGAACACAGCAGAAGCUCUCCAGCUACAGCCAUGGUAUCAACACUGACUGAUGGGCCAAAUAAGAUCAUCGUCAGGGAGGUGGCUGAUACUGUGGCCUUUGUUGAAUGGACACCUCCGAGAGUCCAUGUGGACUAUGUGCUACUGUCAUACGGACUCAUCAGUGGGGCAAGCGAGAAGACUGUGUUAAAACUGCAGCCCAGCCUGAGCCAGUUCUCCCUGCAGAAUCUGAGACCCGCGUCUCAGUAUGAGGUGUCAGUCACAGGCAUUCACGAUGGCGGACAGAGUCAGAUUGUGACAACAGCCUUUACCACAGAGCUUGAUGCUCCCAGGAACCUGCGUGUGGUGAACCCCGGGGACAGCAGUCUAGAGGUGGAAUGGCACAACAGUCAAGCUGAUGUUGACAAGUACAGGGUGGUGUACAGUACCCUGGCAGGCGGGCAGUACCAUGAAUUGAUUGUGCCCAAAAACAUAGGGCCAACGAGCAAAGUCAGUCUGACAGACCUAUUGCCUGGAACAGAGUAUGGGAUAGGAAUAUCAGCCAUUAAGGAGACUAAACAGAGUGUACCAGCCACCAUGAACGCAAGGACUGAUCUGGAUCAUCCUCUUGGCUUCACUGUGGCAGCCUCAUCCAACAGCAGCAUUUCCCUGGUGUGGACACAUAUCCGGGGCCCUGUCGAUCACUACCAGGUCAGCUACAGCACAGCGACGGGCGUGAAUUCACAGGUGACAGUUCCAAAGGGCAAUACCAUGGUGACCCUCAAUAACUUGGAGCCCCAUACAAAGUACAACCUAUCGAUCGUGGCAGUACGAGGCUGGCAGCAGAGCUAUCCGUCUAUCACCGAGGGUAUGACAGGUUACUAUCCAGUGCAGGAGUUACUGUUCUCUGAAAUCACGGAGAGCUCUGUCAAUGUGUCCUGGCUGCCGCCAACCUCUGCCACUGACAUCUUUAUUCUAAAUUAUAAUCCCCGCACACAUGGAGAGGCACAGCAAUUGAUAGUGAAUGGCAGAGAGACCCAUGCUACACUCACCAACCUCCAGCCUGGAGUGGAUUAUCUGGUCACAUUGCUUGCUGUGCAGGGAACGGUUACUGCAGAACCUGUGCUGGGGUCAUUCACAACAGCCUUGGACCCACCUCGGAAUGUAUCGUUCACUAAUGUUUCUGAGGACUCGGUGACAGUGGUGUGGAGCAGGCCUGUAGCUGCCUUUGAUCAUUACCAGAUGCUGUACCAGCCAGCGGCUGUCCUACAGGGGUCAGCUGAGAGUGUGGUCAUCGAAUCAUAUCUUACCGAGUAUACCCUGACUGACUUACAGCCAGCGACUGAGUACAAGGUGAAUUUAAACACAGUGCGAGGACUUGCUGAGAGUCGGUUCAUUUCAAAUACCGUUCAGACAGCUAUGGACAAGCCCCUGGACGUGCGGGUUCUGAACAUGACUCCCACAGAAGCCGUGCUCGAAUGGAUUGCACCUCAGGCCACAGUGGAAAACUAUGUUAUCUUCUUAACACAAAACCAGCUUCUAGUUGUUGCUAACACUGUCCAUGCUGAUGGAGAGACGACACGGUACCAGCUCAGUGGACUCCAGCCGUUCACCAAUUACUCCGUCACCAUCUACGCUACCAGCGAUUUCCUGACCAGUGUCUCAGCCUCCACCAACUUUCUCACUCCUUUGGAUCCUCCUCGAAACCUAAUGGUGAGUGAGGUGACUCGGCGCAGUGCUCUGAUUUCCUGGUUACCUCCUGUGGCUGACAUUGAGAACUAUGUGCUGGUGUACAAGGACCACAGCGGUCAGCAGAAGGAGCUGAUCCUUGAUGCAGACGAUACUUGGAUUCGACUAGAGGGCCUGUCCGAAACAACAGUGUACUCACUGGGGCUGCAGUCAGCAUAUGGCACCAUGAGGAGCACAACAGAACAUGCCUCGUUCACUACAGCCGGACGCCUCUACCCACACCCUUGGGACUGCACUCAGCACCUGCUCAACGGGGACACCAUCAGCGGCAUCUACACCAUCUACCUCAAUGGAGAGCUACAGCAAAGCAUGCAAGUCUACUGUGACAUGACCACAGAUGGUGGUGGCUGGCUAGUGCUCCAGAGGCGGCAGAAUGGACUGACAGACUUUGCACGGAAGUGGGCAGAUUAUCGAGUGGGUUUUGGAAAUCUGGAGGAUGAGUUCUGGCUGGGGUUGGACAACAUUCAGAAGAUCUCUGCCCAAACCAGAUACGAGCUGCGAAUCGAUCUCCGUGAUGGCCUUGAAUCAGUCUAUGCAACCUAUGAUCGAUUUUACUUGAGUGAUGCACGGAACCUCUACAAGCUGAGGAUUGGAGAUUACAAUGGGACAGCUGGGGACUCCCUCUCCUAUCACCAGGGACGUCCAUUCUCCACCAAGGACCGGGACAACGAUGUUGCGAUCACAAACUGUGCUUUGUCUUACAAGGGAGCCUGGUGGUAUAAAAACUGUCACCGCGCUAAUCUCAAUGGAAAAUAUGGGGAGAAUCGCCACAGUCAGGGUAUAAACUGGUUCAGCUGGAGAGGUCAUGAGCUGUCCAUUCCAUUUGUUGAGAUGAAGGUGCGACCCUCCGACUUCAAAGCAAUGAUGUGGAGAGGCAGUCACUCCCUGCCUUUACAAUGAGCUUGCUUGGAAUCUAGCUGCAGUCUGAACUGGAGGGUGGUCAGCGCUGGUGAUCAGAGAAUGAUUCCUCACAGUUAGAGACCCUUUCCGCUGAAGACAGACAACAGGAGCAACCUGCCCCCUUUUGAAUUCACACCGAGACUUGCCAGGCCCCUGUCCAAAGACUUGCUGUUGAAAUGACCUCCACACCCCUGGGGGACUGAAGACGUUCCCAAUAUCCUUUCAUUUAGACGCAGCUGGAAUGUUUCAGCACGGCUCCCCCUCUGGAUAUUUCGGAUUCCUCUGGGUUGGUUUCUCUCUCUCUAUCUCUCUCUCUCUCUCUUUCUUUCAGUCUGCGCAAUGCUCCACACACCAUCUACAACAACUGGCCUGCAUUCACCCAGGACAAAUAGAUAUCCCUCCCCUGACUUCUGCUUCUUCACAUUGCACCCUGGGCCACUGCGUUUUGAAAUCAUUUGAGAAAAGAAAACAAAAUGCAGCUUCCUGGAGCUGGCAACAUUUCACCUCUGUAAACACACCAAGAGGGUACAGGCCUCUAAGAUACUUGCUGAAGGGCCUACUACAGGGAAUCUCACCCAGGAACAUGGGAGUAUUGACACAGGGUUCAGGGCUACUGAAGAGAUUUAGCAAAAUAGUUUAGGUUUCAUUCAGCAGCAAAAGGUGGCAGGGAAGAGAGAGCAGGGACAGAGGAGAGCAGCAAUUAACAGCAGCAAGUAAAAUCAAUGGGUUUGUACAGUGAAAUGUGUAGGAGCAACAGGCCAGCAAGUGGAAUUAAUAAACGGAGCAGACUGGCCAUUACACAUGGAUCUCACUGUAUCACACUGGUCAAUGUACACGGCCGUCCCUGUGUGUCGCACUAGUCAGCGUACACAGCUCUCCCUGUGUGUUGCACUGGUCAGUGUACACGGCUCUCCCUGUGUAUUGCACUGGUCAGUGUACACGGCGCUCCCCAUGUGCUGCUCUGGUCAGUGUACACAGCUGUCUCUGUGCACUGCACUGGUCAGUGUGCAUGGCUCUCCAUGUGUGAUGCACCGGGCAGUGUACACAGCUCUCCCUGUGUGUCAUACUGAUCAGUGUACACAUCUCUCCCUGUGUGUCACACUGGUCAGUGUACAUGACGCUCUGUGUGUGAUGCACUGGUCAGUGUACACCACGCUCCCUGUGUGUCACACUGGUCAGCAUACACGGCACUCCGUGUGCCGCACUGGUCAGUGUACACGGCUCUCCCUGUGUGCUGCACUGGUCAGUGUACAUGGCUCUCCCUGUGUGUCACACUGGUCAGUGUACAUGGCUCUGCCUGUCUGUCACACUGGCCAGCAUACACAGUGUUCCCUGUGUGUUGCACUGGUCAGUUUACACGGCUCUCCCUGAGUCACAUUAUCCGUUGGAGGCAUAUUUAUUGUCACAUUUGUCAAAAAUAUUGAUGUGGGGUGCUUUGCUGUUCAGGGAGUUGGUCUAUAUAUACCUCUUCUUCCCAGCUAACCAGCUGUGAAUCCUCCCAAUCUGAGCACACUCCAAUCAGGUCAUUUUGUCUGGUUUUGUUAUGGUGGAUGACCAUUCGCUGAUUCGCUCAAUCGCUACGCAGUCUGAUGGGAAAUCAGCUCAAUGGAUGGGUGUUAUAUUCGCUGAUAAUAUCCUGCUGCUCAGUCUGUGCUUGCUGGUCCAUCUCUUACGGUACUGCACUCUUCGCGUGGUACCAUCUGGUCCCAGCUUUCCAACACUGCUGUAGAUCAGAGUUAAAUCUUUUUAUAAAACAUUCCUGUUUGCGGCAGAUUAACCCUUUCCCCUGUGGUAACGACUUGUGAAUGCAUGUGUCUCUCUAAAAGCCCCGAGGACUUGACUUUCCACAGCAAUGGUACACGACAGGUUCUCAAGAAGCAACUUCAGAAUCCUCUUCCAUUUUGUAUCAUUUGGAAUAGAACUGGAAAUAUAAACAACUGUCUCUGUAA